GGAUUUCAUUUCAAGUUCAAGUUAAGCCUCAUUAUCAGGAAACAGUUGACCAGUCAACUCUGCAAUUUCUUUCCGUCUUCUUUUAAACUAAAGUCUCUUUUUUUGGUAUGACUUUUUCCACUAAAUGCCAACAACACGGCGAGGUCAAGAAAUCAACUCUGUAAUGUGAGAGAAAAAGAUAAGAGAAACACCAAAAGAAAGACAUUUCCAUUGACCCACUUCACCAAUUGUUCUAAUUCUCAUGACUUUACUCUCAAUUCUCCAAAAGAAAGUUGCAAAAAACCUUCACAGAGACCUACUUUGGCUCUGAAAAUACAGGGGAUUGGAACCCCAGAUUGUAUUUCGUUUCUUUCUUUGUUAUACGGUAAUGGCCGCCGCAGCUCCGCCUCCUGCCGCCGCUGCUGCAGCUGAAGAAGGAGCAAUUCUUCACGAGUUCACUCUUCCGAUUCUAUUAGCAGAUAAGAUUCUGAAAUUGGCUCAAGAGGCAGUUUCUUUGAGACAAGAAUGCGUUGACUUAGCCAAACAAGUCGAUAAAAUCUACCGGAUGCUUCAAGCCACCGUUCGUCUAAUCACCACGACCACACAGCCGUUGUACGAGCGCCCAAUUCGCCGGAUCGUCGCUGAUGUCUCGAAGAAUCUCGAACGUGCUUGUAACUUCGUGAGCAAGUGCCGCCAUGGUGGGUUUCUAAGGCAAGUUUUCUCUAUGACUACCAUCGCCGAUUUUCGUAAGGUUUCAAGUCUUCUGGAAUCUUCCAUUGGCGAUAUGAAAUGGCUUCUUUCAAUUUUUGAUUCCGACGGCACUGUUGGGCUGCCUCCGAUUGCGAGUAAUGACCCAACUUUGGCCUAUAUUUGGCCCAAUAUCGCCACAAUCCAAAUGGGUUCGGUUAGAAAUCGGGUUGAAGCUGCGAAUCAAUUGACAUUACACACUCGUGGGAACGAGCGGAAUAAAAAAAUCGUAGUUGAAGAAGGUGGGGUUCCGCCGUUGCUUAAAUUACUCAAGGAAUACUCCUCCCCUGAUGCUCAAAUCGCCGCUGCUAAUGUUCUUAUCAACGUCGCUUCUAUUCCCGAAAGGGUUGAAUCGAUUGUUAAUAAUCCUGGGGUUCCGAUUAUUGUUCAGGUUCUUAAUGAUUCCUCCAUGAGGGUUCAGAUUAUUGUGGCGAAAUUGGUUUCCAAAAUGGCGGAACUUAGCCAUGUUGCUCAAGAAGAGUUUGCUAGAGAGAACGUAACUAAACCUUUGGUUACUUGUUUAUCGAUUGAUAUGGUUCUUGAUGAUCCUAAACUUCAAUUGGGGAAACCCAGUUUUCAUUCUGUAGUUGAGAUUAAUAAGGAGCUCGCUGGGAAAAUUUCACUGAAUUCUUCUUCGUCUUCCUCACAUUCUGAUGGUAGUAGCCGAGGGGCAAAUCAGAGGAAGGAGAAAGAAGUUGAGAGCUCUGAAGUUAAGCUUCAGCUUAAAGUGAAUUGUGCUGAGGCUCUUUGGAGACUCUCUAAAGGAAGCUUAACGAAUAGUCGAAAAAUUACAGAAACAAAAGGGUUGUUGUGCUUAGCGAAGAUUAUCGAGAAUGAAGAAGGGGAAUUGCAAUACAAUUCCUUGAUGACAGUUAUGGAGGUAACAGCUGUUGCAGAGUCCAAGCCAGAUUUUAGACAUGCUGCCUUUAAGAUCACUUCACCGGCUCCAAAAGCGGUUCUCGAUCAACUUUCGAGAAUGAUUCAAAAUGAUAAUGAUCCAAUGUUGCAAGUUCCUGCUAUUAAAUCGAUUGGUUCCCUUGCCAGGAUUUUUCCUGCAAAGGAAUCACGGAUUAUCAAUCUUUUGGUUUUGCAGAUGAAGAAUAUCGAUAUGGAUGUGGCCAUAGAGGCUGUCAUUGCAUUAGGGAAGUUUGCUUGUCCUGAAAAUUAUAAUUGUAUAGAACAUUCGAAGUCGAUUAUCGGGUUUGGUGGUGUUCCUCCUCUAAUGAAACUUUUGAGACAAAAUGAUCAGGCUCAAGUGCCUGGUCUAGUGCUGCUCUGUUAUCUUGCACUUAGUGCAGGCAAUAGCAAGGCUUUAGAGCAGGCUCAUGCCUUGAAUGCAAUGAAGGGGAUGGCUCGUCUUGCUUUCGCUCAUCCCGACUUGCAUGACUUGUACGCCAAAGCCAUACACCACCUUACUCUUUAUCAGGCUGGAGCUCAUCAUAUCCACAGACACAGUUUCUCACCCUAAUUCUUAUUUUUAUGGAUGUUGUUGUACAUUAAAACAAAUUGGAGGGUGUUCAAAGUUCAUAAUCUGAGAUAAGUUGGCUAUAGUCCACACAGAACUUCGACUGCACGAGUUGUUCCAUUAAUGGGUUGUAGUGACUGAAAACAGGACAGCUAAGGAGAAAUUUCACUUGAUGAAACAGCCAAUUACUUCAGGCUCUGGCAGCGCCCUUCAUCUAUAUGAAGGUCUUUGGUAGCCUGGUAGGACACUUAACUUGUUGGCUCUUGCUUUCUGAUUCUUGUUUAUUUACACAAGAACAAAGAACAAAAAGGAAAGGUUUGAGUCCAUAAAAAACCGAUAACUGCUCCGAAAAUAAUUGUUUAGAUUUGGUGUCUUAAAUGUCUCCUAAGACUUGAUAACAUUGUAGGCUGCUGGUAUGAGUGAAUUAUUUAUUGGUAGCUGUCAGUCUUGGUUUACUUCUUGUAUUUCAUUUCAUUCUUGUUUGUAGUCCAAAAUAUGUGCAGUUUUCCAGUGCUUUGAUCUGUUUAUACCUACCAUUGAGAAGUCCCUUGCUUCAAUCAUCUGAAGUUUAGCAUAUUCAUGGAGCCACCAGUUUCUGUGUCUAUCUUUUGAUAAAGAUGUCUGAUGCGUUAGUCCCCCGGUGCCAUUACAGCUAUAUCCGUCCGUAGACACAUCGGAUCUGAACUGAUAUUGAUUUUCGUCCACCCACUUGCUGUUUAUAUUGCUUUUUCAGGUUUUGGUUAAAUAUUCAUACACCUUUUGUCAACCAUUAUCUUGCUGUGCAUCUUGUUGUUUCGUUGCACAAUUCACCCCUGUUUCUUUCGAUUGUUAUGGUUCUGUUUUGUCGCUUUCAGUUACUGUUAUUAUACUGUAGCUCCUGAUUCCGGAUGUGUAGUUGUCAGCCAGUCAUUGAAUUGUGUUGUUUCAUCAGAUCACUGCUUUAGUAGGCAUUCUUUAUAGGAAGUUCAGAAGGAAAUGAACAUAUCACACAUGUUACAUGUUUUUCACUUAUCUUCAACAGUUAUACUGUAUAUAUUUUGAAUGAAUCUAGAGGAUAAUCGGAUUCUGUCUCACAUUACGAUUACAAAACCUGGAAAAGAUUUGUUCCUUCGACGUUCAAGCACAGAUUCAACGAUGAGAAUAACGAGUUUUGUAUUGCUCAGACUUCAAACAAAUGCCCUUUGGAGUAAAAAGCCUUGAUGAUGUGAACUUUGCUUGGUGUUUUUACUUCUGAAUUUUGACUUCUCUCUGUCAAGAACUGAAGAUUUUGCAGGGUGUUCUCCAUUUCAGAAGAUUUAGAGAGAAAGACACCAACACAAAACGAAGUUUCAUUGAAAGCAAGGAACUUUUCCAGCCAAAGUUAAUGAAGAAUUUAAUUUUGCUAAAUGUAUUUUUUGUCUCGUAAUGUAUCGUAGACAUGAAAUAGUACAUGUAUCGAGAAAUCUGAACUAGUUUUUACGUUAUCUUAGCAUUGUCAUAAUCCGAACUUUUUGAUAUUGAUUCGAUAUGACGAAGUAAAUAAAUUCUUCAAACCAAAA